AAGAACACAAUUGGUCUCUUACUCUAAUAGAGAUCUGAAGAAGUAACUACUCAAAAUCCUCUGUUUUCUUCUAUUUUUGAGGUUUUUUUUUUUUCUUCUUCGGUUAUCUCAAUGGAUUCGUUUAGUGCUCAGAAAACUAAAUCAAGAAAAAUGAAGAAGAGGCUUGCGAAAAAGUCUCGUGUUGAGACAAUCUUGGAUCUGUUUUUCCGGGCGAUGGAGAUAGUUGUGGUUUUGGUUACAGUAGCUAAGCUCUCUUAUGAGCUUGUUGUCACGUUUGAGGAUUCUAGUGUCGCAUCAGUUAUUCUCGCAAACCGUAGCCUUGCAUUUGUUGUAGGAAACGCGGUAGUCAUCGCUCUGAUCGCUAAAUCCGGUCUUCUCUUGAAUCAAGAACUUGAUCCCAAGUGCAAAAGCAACGGUCUUUACGAGGAAUUUGUUCUGGAGAGCUCAAGGAGAGGUGGAGUUUCACAAGCUGAGAUGAGAAGCAGAGAAAAACAAAGUGAAGCAGAGAGCGAUGCUAAACAGAGCAUAACCGAAAACAAAGCAAAAGAGAACGAAGAAAAACAGAGCAUAACCGAGAGCAGAGUUAAACAAAGCGUAACAGAGAAGAAGACGAAACAGAGCAAACCUGAGAAGAAAGUGAAACAGGGCAAACCUGAGAAGUUGACAAAACAGAGCGUAGUCGAGCAUAAGGACGUAACUGUGAUGAUGGAGAAACAGAAUUUGACAGAGAAGAGGCAAAUUCAGAGUUACCAACGAAGCCAGUCGGAGAAUCUGAAGGUUUUGGACAAGAGUUCUUGUGGAAAAUUGAAGAGAUCAGAGACGGAUGCAUCUGCUGAAAGAUUUGAUUCCGAUGAUGAACUCCGAUACAAGAUCGAGUCUUUCAUUGCAAGGCAGAGAAGGAAUCAAAUUGAUGAAUAGGUUUGAAUAAUUUAGAUAAAAAUAC